GAGUUGAGCUGCCAUUGGCACUCACUUGUAUUGGAGACAAGUCACAACUCUACUGUGUUUUUCACCGCAGAAACCUCGGACUUUGGAUCUUCUUGUGUGAAUGAGAUAGACGCAGCGACGCGAAGUUUACUUUUGGCCUUCUUUCCGUCGAAGAACGUAGGAUCACAACAGAAGCGUUAUCGCCGCAAUACAGAUGAAUAGACUCGCCGUCUUCGCUAUUGCUGUCUGGCGGACAGUGUAAUGUUACAAUCUCUGUAUUCUGAAUUGCAUAGCAUAAAUCAGAAUACAAGGUUAAGUACGGCAGCAUUCUAUCGCUUACUGUUUUGUUGAUCGAUACGAUUGUGGACUCUCCACGCUCACGGAGGGGUCAAGUAUCGCGUUCCGAGUCCUAGGUGGAAAUAUUAGGGACGUCGCGAGGUCUUCAACUUGAACACAAUGGUAGAUGAUAAACGUUUAAACUUUGAAGCUCUAAACGACGAUGCUGGGCUGCUAGGCAUAACACUGACAGGUCGUGCUUCACGGGGGAACCCGAGCGGACAUCGAAGAAUCGAACGCAGGUCUUCACCGAAAGCAAACUACACUUUUGCCUUUGCAUUCUAAUUAUGCCCUUAGAGAUGAAUACGGAGUCACUCGUUCCCAGGGAGGAUGGUGACAAUAGUCGCAACACACUCGAGAUUAUAGGGAGCCUAUUGAAUGAUAUGGGUACCUCUUUCGCAACGCAUAUAUCCACCCCUCGGCUUGACUCUGCCUCCAAUCCCUUUCCACUUUCUCCUGCUCAAUUUGUUAUUAUAGACAGCUCACUCGCGGACAACGCGCCUCCGGUUGCGGAUCCUUCACCACCUGCUGGAUGCUCUCGUACCGACCGCCGAGGCGACCGUCUCAAAAUAGCUCGCGUGGCGUUGGACAAAUGGCGUAAUACGCGAUGGCAGGAGAAAUACAGCCAUUGCGAAUGGGGACCCCACGUUCUGAUGCCUGACCCCGUCUUCAAGAAACUCGUGAAUCGGACUAAGCUACGCACCGUUGCCGAAAUCAAAGCUGCCACGAAGUGGGACUGGGCGGAGGAAUACGCACUGGAGGUUGUCAAGGUCCUCGAUGACGCGGAUAUCCAAUGGCGAACCGAGAGGGACGAUGCUAUCGCCGUCAAGAAGGCAAAACGUGCCCAAAUCAGCGCACGGAACAAGAUUAUGCGUGACGAGCGCAGGAGACAAGAGAAAACACUAGAAGUGGUCCAACGUCGACUCGCUGCCAAAGAGGAGAUCACGCCUCCUCCAAAUUCCUGGCACAACGUGCCGUAUCAUGUCGUCCCACAUCAAGCAGCGGUUGCUUCGUCCCAACUUUCUGGACAUUACCCCGGACAUUACCCGCCACCUCUGCCUAUCCGUGCUGGUCCGCCACCAUAUUCCCCUCCACCGUCGUAUAGCCACUCUGCUCCAUACCCCAUCCCCACUACUUUGAUGCAUGAAGCCACCUCUUCAUCCGGUCUCUCUAACUCCGGCUACUAUUGGUCUUACACCUGGGUUCCUAUGCCUGUUCCUAUGCCCGUUCCCCCAAGCAUUUCCAUUGCUAAUGUCGCAAACGAAAGGUUCUAAUUGUAUUAUAAUGAUGCCUCUGUAUUAGUGAAUUUGCAUUGUUAUUGCAGCGUGUUCGCCAAGUUUUC